UGUUCUAUCAGUCUUCCUUAUCGUGUCCCAGCUUUCGGGAAGGUAAACUGGUACAGUCAGAUGGAAGCAACGGCCGGGGCGUGAGGGAACUUUUUGGUGCAGAAGUUGUGUUCGAGACUGAUAGCAUGCUUUCUGGUUCGAUCAUUUUCCUUAUCUCGUUUUUUUCAAUGGCUGCGGUUAGAGUGCCUGGGUGCGGGCAUUAAUUGAUAUGAUAUGAAGAGAAAGACAAGAAGCAAAGUUAAAAUUGAGAAUAUUGUAGUGUUCACAGUUUUAAAGGAGCAGUCACUACUGACGAUUUGACCUUCGGCUGUUUUUCUCAGUGAGUUUUAAAUUAUUGAGGGAAACAUGAGUUUAUGGAUAUAUAAAGCAGGCUGCCGGAAGGAUACACAAUUUCUGAAAAUUCUCCACACCAGUUGUCGCUCAUCUCCAUCGGUAUGCUUAUUUGCAUCGCGGCGAUUUUUUCUAAAGCCGUUUGCCCGGCUUCAUCAGUCACGUUGUCAGAUACCCUUGGCAAUUGCUAACGAAACCUCUGCAGCUCUGGUAAAGAGAACGGGCGUACAGUCGGCUGGUUGCACAUUUGUCUUCUCUAAGUCGUACAGCCAUACACCGAAUUCGACAAAUCAGGAAGAUGGUGAACAUGAGGUAAAGGCGAAGAGGGAGACGAAACAAGUAUUGUCAGAAGAUGCCAAAAGACUCCUGUCUCUGGCGCACCCUGAGCGGUGGCGACUAACAGCUGCUGUUUGCUUCCUGGCUGUUUCUAGUACAGUUACUAUGGCUGCUCCGUUUUACCUUGGAAAAAUUGUUGAUGCCAUCUAUGUUGGUUCAAAUGGGGACAUAAAUGCCACUCUGACCUCAUUAUGUGGAACACUGGCAGGUGUUUUUCUGUGUGGAGCCAUUGCUAAUGCUAUCCGGGUCUACCUUAUGCAGAUUUCAGGGCAAGAGAUAGUGAGAAAUUUGCGACAUUCCCUUUUUUCCUCAAUUUUGAGGCAGGAAUUGGGAUUUUUUGACAAAACCAGUACUGGAGAGCUUAUUAAUCGUCUGUCCUCUGAUGCUACUCUGGUGGGGCGUGCUUUAACUGAGAACCUGUCAGAUGGCUUGAGAGCUGUUGCUCAAGCAACUGCUGGCAUUGGCAUGAUGUUUUAUGUAUCCCCAGCUCUUGCCACAUUUGUACUGAGCAUCAUACCACCUCUUGCUGUUGUAACAAUAUUCUAUGGAAGAUAUCUUCGCAAAUUGUCUCGUAUGACUCAGGAUUCACUGGCACAUGCCACACAGCUAGCUGAAGAGAGGAUUGGAAAUCUUAGAACAGUUCGAGCUUUCGGAAAAGAGUUUUUUGAAGUGGAGAAGUAUGCCCAAAAGAUUAACUAUGUACUUCACCUUGCGAAAAAAGAAGCUAUAGUACGAGCAGGAUUCUUUGGAGCUACAGGCCUGAGUGGUAACAUUAUUGUGCUGUUGGUACUGUACAAGGGUGGAUUACUCAUGGGAGGUGAUCACAUGACAUUUGGAGAACUUUCAUCUUUCUUGAUGUAUGCUUUCUGGGUGGGCAUAAGCUUUGGAGGUCUGAGUUCAUUCUAUUCUGAAUUAAUGAAAGGUUUUGGAGCAGGGGCACGGUUGUGGGAGCUGCUUGACAGAAGACCAGAAUUUCCUUUAAAUGAAGGAAUUAAAUUAUCACCAGAAGAGUUGAAGGGGGCCUUGGAGUUCAGAGGAGUUACGUUUGCCUACCCUACUCGGAAAAAUGCACCUGUAUUUCAGGAUCUCUGCCUUUUUGUACCUGCUGGUUCUGUGAUGGCUGUUGUUGGGCCAAGUGGUUCUGGAAAAUCCAGUCUAGUGUCUUUGCUCUUGAGGCUUUAUGAUCCUGAUUCAGGUGUUAUUACAGUUGAUGGCUACGAUGUACGUACAUUAAAUCCACACUGGCUAAGAAACAAUAUUGGAACUGUGAGUCAGGAACCAGUUCUAUUUUCUUGUUCUAUUGCUGAGAAUAUUGCUUAUGGAGCCAAUGAUCCUUCCCAAGUAACCACUGAAGAUAUAUAUAGAGUUGCCAAAAUUGCCAAUGCCUACAGCUUUGUGCAGAACUUUCCAAAUGGAUUUGACACUGUUGUUGGAGAAAAGGGGGUUCUAUUGUCAGGUGGUCAAAAACAGAGGAUUGCUAUUGCUCGAGCCCUAUUAAAGAACCCAAAGAUUCUUCUGUUAGAUGAAGCAACAAGUGCUCUGGAUGCAGAAAAUGAGUACCUAGUGCAGGAGGCCCUGGACCGACUAAUGGAAGGUCGUACUGUUAUGAUCAUUGCACACCGUCUGUCUACUAUUCAAAAUGCUGAUGCAGUGGCAGUUUUGGAUCAGUGCAGGGUAGUUGAAUGUGGAAAGCAUGAGUUGUUACUUGAGGACACUGAAGGACUGUUCAGGAAACUCAUGGAGAAGCAAGCUUUUUUACAGAACAAUCAAAAGAGUUUGCAUUUAAAGUGAUGUUACUACAGUCAAAACAAAAGUAGCUAUUUUUCAUUGUCUUAUGAGGAAAUAGGUUAUUUGCAGGUGCCUUAAUUAUGUGAACUGACAGUGUUUAUCUAAAAUACUUUUGUUUAUGAAUUGUAAAUUGUAAUUUUUAUACAAAUUGGGCAUUAAACCAGUAUUUUUUCUCCAUGAAAA